AUGGCUGCAUCUACUUCCGGUCGCCAAGCCUGGCGGCACCUGAUGGGCAACACCAGCCGCCAACCUGCUUCGAACAUCCUGCGCCAGCAACAGCAACAAUACCGGCCCGCGUUCAGCCGACAGAUAUCUUCUACGACGAGGGCUUCCUCCCGACGCGCCGUACCGAAAUCCCCGUCCUUCUCUCUCCGCCAGCAGCCCCUCGCGCAACGCUCGUACAGCUCCGGUUCGCAGGGGAAGAAUACCCCUCCAAAGGGCAGCAACAACCAGGUCAAGUUCUGGCCGUUUGUGAUUGUCAUUGCGCUCGGUUCUGGAGGUUACAUGCUCCUGAUCAACCGACAGAAAGAAAUGCCUCCCACCACCAGCACCACGACCGGCGGCCAGGGGUCGACCCCGGCCUUCUCGCCGACCGACGUAACCGUCCUCUUCGUCCUCGGCGGCCCCGGCGCGGGCAAGGGCACGCAGUGCGCGCGGCUGGUGCGGGACUACCACUUCACGCACCUGUCGGCGGGCGACCUGCUGCGGGCGGAGCAGGACCGGCCGGGCAGCCAGUACGGGCAGCUGAUCAAGGACUGCAUCAAGAACGGGGACAUCGUGCCGAUGGAGGUGACGGUGGCGCUGCUGGAGAACGCGAUGCGGGACGCGAUCCGGUCGUCGGGCGGCAAGAAGUUCCUCAUCGACGGCUUCCCGCGCAAGAUGGACCAGGCGCUCAAGUUCGAGGAGGUCGUGUGCCCGGCCAAGCUGGUGCUCUUCUACGACUGCCCCGAGGCCGAGAUGGAGCGCCGCCUGCUGGAGCGCGGCAAGACGAGCGGCCGCGCCGACGACAACGCCGAGAGCAUCCGCAAGCGCUUCCGCACCUUUGUCGAGACCAGCAUGCCCGUCGUGGACCACUACGAGAAGGAGGACCGCGUCGUCAAGGUGAAUGCUACGGAUACGCCGGAUGGCGUCUACGCCGACACCCAGGCGCGCCUGAGGAAGGUUUUGGGAGACAAGCUCUGA